AUGGCGGCUACUGAGAGCCCUUCCCUCGAUGUAGAUCGCCACAUAAAAUACUGGAAGCGCUGCCACGGCACCUUUCUGCCCGCUCCAUACACCUCCAAUGACUCGACACGGCUCACGCUCGCCUGCUUCAUCAUCUCGUCUUUAGACCUCCUACAGUCGCCGCUUACGCCCCCAGAGCGCGCUGCCAUCCGGACAUGGGUUCUCAGCUUGCAGCAUCCAGACGGCGGCUUCUGCGGCAGCGCAACGCACGCCCCAACCGGUGCGUCCGCCGGCGACGCCAACCUGGCUGCCACCUUUUUUGCCCUCGUGCUGCUCGCGCUGGCGGCCGUCGGUACGGGAUCAGAAAAGGAUGAGCAGAAUGCCUUUGCGGGCGUCCGGAGGAAACGACUGUUGCGCUGGCUGAAGCGCUUGCAGAGGAACGAGGACGGUGCCGUGGCGCAGAUGCUCUGGGAGGGCGAGCCGGUGGGCGGUCACGACGUGCGGAAUAGCUACAUGGCGGCCGGUAUUCGGUGGAUGAUGAGAGGGAAUGUGCAAAUGGGAGAUGGGGGCUGGGUGGAAGAUUUAGAUAUCAAGAGGUGGACCGAAUUCAUCGCCGGGACGCAAACGCAUGAUGGUGGCAUGGGUGAGACGACGUCGCAUCAAGAGUCGCAUGGCGGAUACACAUUCUGCGCGCUCUCUGCGCUCAGUCUGCUCUCAAAGCCCGGCUCGGCAGGCGACAGAGCAAAAGCAGCAGACGAGCACAUUCCUGACCGUGCGCAGCUACUCAAAUUUCUGGCACAUCGCCAGUUUACAUACCACGCCGAGGAGGAGAUGGAGCGCGACGAGGACGAAGAGAACUUUGUCGAAAAGGAGCUCGCGCAGCUACAGCUCGACGGCCCUCCCGCCCUGAUAGGCUGCAACGGCCGCUGGAACAAGAAAGCAGACACUUGCUACUUUUGGUGGGCGGCCGGUGCACUAUCGCUUCUUGGCCAAGAGUCUUUGCUGCGUCGAGAGCCGGCCAGAAACUACCUGACGGGCAUCACGCAGCACCGCAUCGGAGGGUUCGGCAAGACGACUGGCGCACCGCCGGACAUUUACCAUUCGUAUCUUGGUCUCACCGCACUGGCGGUCAUGGGAGACCCCAAGCUCAAGCCGCUGCAUGCCGAGCUCUGCUGCAGUGUCGAGGUGGCGGCCUGUAUCGCCAAAGCCCGAGAUGGCUUGCUGGCGGCGGAAAAGGCGAGAGCGGCGACGAAUUGGGAAAAUGACGGGUUUUGGUAG